GAUUAAAAUUCAGCAGCCUUCAAAACACAACGCCAUCUGGCAGCAGAUUUCAACGGGAGCAGCCAUGGGUGGUGCUGCCACAAAAGAAUCCCAGCAUUCCAAUGCAGAAGUUGCAAGACAUCCAGAGGGCAAUGGAGCUGUUAUCCGCGUGCCAGGGCCCAGCCAGGAACAUUGACGAGGCUGCAAAGCACAGAUACCAGUUUUGGGACACACAGCCGGUACCCAAACUAAACGAAGUCAUAACGUCUCAUGGUGCCAUUGAACCAGAUAAAGACAAUGUACGCCAAGAACCAUAUUCUUUGCCACAGGGUUUUAUGUGGGACACUCUAGACUUGAGUAAUGCCGAAGUGGAGUUAUACACGUUGUUAAAUGAGAAUUACGUGGAAGAUGAUGACAACAUGUUCCGGUUUGACUACUCGCCUGAGUUCCUGCUGUGGGCUCUGCGUCCCCCAGGGUGGCUCCUCCAGUGGCACUGUGGGGUCAGAGUGUCUUCCAACAAAAAACUGGUUGGGUUCAUAAGUGCCAUCCCAGCAAACAUUCGGAUUUAUGACAGUAUGAAGAAGAUGGUAGAAAUCAACUUUCUUUGUGUUCAUAAGAAAUUGAGAUCAAAACGGGUAGCCCCAGUGUUAAUUCGGGAGAUAACCAGAAGAGUAAACUUGGAAGGGAUCUUUCAGGCCGUGUAUACAGCUGGGGUCGUUCUUCCUAAGCCAGUGGCCACGUGCAGAUACUGGCAUCGAUCACUAAACCCCAGAAAAUUGGUAGAAGUGAAAUUUUCUCACCUGAGUAGAAAUAUGACUUUACAGAGAACAAUGAAGCUGUACAGACUUCCAGAUGUUACAAAGACUUUAGGUUUGAGACCGAUGGAACCAAAAGAUAUCAAACCAGUUCGAGAAUUAAUCAACACUUACUUGAAGCAGUUUCAUCUAGCUCCAGUGAUGGAUGAAGAGGAAGUAGCCCACUGGUUCCUCCCCCGGGAGCACAUUAUUGACACGUUCGUAGUGGAGAGCUCCAGUGGUCAACUGACCGACUUCCUGAGCUUCUACACACUGCCCUCCACAGUGAUGCACCACCCUGCUCACAAGAGCCUCAAAGCUGCCUACUCUUUCUACAACAUCCAUACGGAGACACCCCUGCUGGACCUCAUGAGUGAUGCGCUCAUCCUAGCUAAGCUGAAAGGAUUUGAUGUAUUCAAUGCACUGGAUUUGAUGGAAAAUAAGACAUUUUUGGAAAAACUCAAGUUUGGUAUAGGAGAUGGCAAUUUACAGUAUUACCUGUACAACUGGAGGUGUCCAGGUACAGAUUCUGAAAAGGUUGGACUUGUACUACAGUAGAUGGAUAUUUUUAUUUCUAUAACUCUGAAGCAUCAGUUGUUAAUAUUCAAUUUGAUGAUUUCCGGAACUGCCAUUCCAAAGAAUAAAAGCACAACUUAGGAGAAAUUGAAGUAGUCGAUAACAAUCAGAAAACACGAAAAAACAAAUUCAUGUGUGACCAACAGUACAUACUUCUAGCUAGAAUGUUAAAAUUCAUCCUUUUUUGCACUGCUUACCCGUUUUUGAGAAGGAUGAAGGGGAACAAAGAGCACAUUCUUCUAAUUUUCAAACUUUUGGCUGUCUCUUGAUGAAGAGAGGUAUUUUUCCACUCUUUAGAAAAGGGACUGUUUUUCUAUGGACUAAAUAGAUGUCACAGAAUCGUGUAAGAAAACGUUUGCUAUUGUGUGGAAAUAAACUGCAUUUCUAUUUAUUAAGUGGUGGCACAUUUGUCCAGGUAACAAAGAGGAGGCUCCAUUUGGAAGAUUUUUACAUCAGUGGGAACAUUUAUGAAAUUAACACUUAUGUAACUGACAAGUAGUGGAUGUUUAUAUGAGUAGCAAUAUAUGUACUGGUGACUAUUACAUUUAUUUCUCCAUAAGCAAAAUUGCCAAAUCAGUAAAUACACAGAUUUGUACUUUGAGCUUCACCAGGUUGGUGGAUUGUUUCAAAAGCAAAGUUUUGUGCAAAUAUUAAGUGUGCUUUCUGAAAGAGCAUAUACCCAUGACUAAACUUUUCUGCUGCUGUGCAAUCUCCAGUUUAUUCUCAGCAACAUCAAGGAUAUGUGAGGAAAAAGAAAUAAUAGCUCUAGAGUCAAAACAGAUGCCCAGUGGAAUUGACUAGUGCUUUCAAGACAUUGAUGGUUUGAAUGUUUUUAUUACUCAUGCAAAAUUGCACAUAUUCCUUUAUGCUGACUUUAAUUUAUCAUGAAAACUGUCAUGCUCAUGGAAAAUGUCUUAUUUGUAAAUAAGUAUUCAUAAUUUUGUUACUGAUGGUGUUUUUAUCUAGAAUUUGAAAAACAGAGUUUCCCAGUGUACAUAUAUGUGUAUAUAUUGCCAGUGAUUUAAGGAAAAAAUAAGACGAUAAAUGAUGUCACACAGACUGGCCUUGACUCAAAUACAACAAAGUAGUCAUUCUUCCUGCCUUUACUGUACCAGUGCCUAGGCUGUUCAGUGCAGAAAAAGUUAAUUAUUUUGACAACAUAAUGGCAUUAUAAGUAGUCCCAUGAAACCUAUCAUAUCUUACACCUGGCGGUGGGGGUGGGCACCAGAUUGGGGCUUGUGGGCUAAAUCCUGCCCAUCGCCUGUUUUUGCACAGCCUCUGAACUGAGUGGUUUUUAAUUUGCUUGAAUGGCUGGGGGUGGGGUUAGUCAAAAUAAUAGCAUCAUUUUGUGACAUACAAAUUAUAUGAACUCACAUUUCAGCAACUAUAAAUAAAGUUUUACUGGAACAGUCACACUUUUGUUUACAUAUUGCCUGAGGCUGCUUCAUGCCAAACCGACAAGCUGAGUUGUGGCAGACCGUAUGGCCUGCACAGCCUAGAAUGUCUGCUCUUCGGCCCUUUAGAGGAAGUUUGUUGACCCUCAUCUUCACCAAGUUGAGAGCUGUUCUGUAGCUCGCCCUCAUCCUAAAGACCAACCCGCAGCCAUGACAUCCCUGCGACUACCACUAGAGGGCAGACUUGAGCCCCACAGUAGUGCAAAAUCGGGACCAAUACUUCAACACAGUGGAAACAUAUGGUUUAAACACAAUUGCAUUACCAUUCUUUCCUAACAGGAGACAGCUUUGAGAAACAAACUGAUACCAAUAUAUGAAUAUGUUCUGAGACACCAGAAUUAAUUAAAGGGGACUUUGACUUAAUUUGGAGUCAAGGCUCUAGUUAGGAACCUAUGUUCCACUCAUUUUUAUGGUACAAAGUAGGUUUUCAGAUAACUGCAGAAUUGCUAGUGGAAAUUCUGUCAUGACCUUACUUCAUGAUGAAACUGUCACAUUGUUCCUUUAAAGAUUCAUUUGCAUAAUUCCUGUUGUUAUAAGGCUCACAUUAUUGUAAUUGUUUAAAUAUGUAAUUAAUAACGUUUACCACUUUAUAACUUAAGCAGAUUGCCAGUGAACAUUUUAGAGAAUCAGUAAACUUUAUAGUAGCUAUUAAAAUGAGAUUUAAGUGCAAUAUAUACUAUCUUAUAGAUUCAAAAACAUAUUGUCCUGAAUAUUUGUCUUUGAUGAAAAUGCUCUGUUCCAUAAGGUAUCCAUGUUUUUGUUUUUGCCAAGAUAGUACUAAGUAAAAUGUAAAUGAGCAGAGGUGACAUAAGCCAUGAGUCAACCAGAACUCAGGGUAGAAAAAACUUUUGGUAAUCUAAUACCUUCCCCCUAAACUAGAGAGGGACUUUUCCAAACACAAUGUAAACAGCAGACACCAACAUAGAGCAUUAAUUAUGCUCUACUUCCUAACCUGGAGGACCCUGGCCAUAGAAUACAGACCCACCUCUGAGAACCCAAGCUCCUGCUUUUUACUCUCUUCUUGCCACAUUUCAUCCAAUUACCAUAUACUUUUCAUACAUGUUAGACUUCCAAGGAAGUUAACGAUGUAAAGGAGGUGAAUUCUAACUCAUCAAAACACCUUAUCUGGCUUUUUCUAUAAAUAUCAAGCCUUUCUCCCAAGUCUAUGUCCAUGCCUACCUACAAAGAAAACCAAACUGACAUGAAGUUAAAAAUGUGUUGCUUCUGAAGACAGUGUAUUGCUUGGCAUUUGGUAUCUUUCCCUUAAAACUGAUGAUGCUUCUCUAAUCCAGUUCCAUCAACCUGACUAGAACCAUGUUUACUGUGGCACAUUUUCCAAGUUUGAUAGAAAAAUGUUGUGUUGUAGGAUGCAAAUGUUCUUGCUUACAAGCAUUAUACAAGCCUUUAAAAAAGUGAAUUUAUACAAGCAUGGAUAGUAGCUACAAUAAACUUUUGUUUUGAUAUA